UGCAGGAUGGCGGUGAAGUUUUGGUGUCAACCAGCAAUCGACUUGCGUGUGUCACCAUGUCCUCUUGAGAGAAACCCAACAUCUGUGCUUCUGCCUUUCUGUCUCCUUUCCGUAUACACCGGGGUCCUGGCGUUGUCGGGUUGGGGUCAUUUGAUGCUUGGGACUUGGACACUGCUGAUACCAUUUGCCUCCAGGCUAUUCCCCAGCCAGAGAAAUAUAAUGCUCCUGGUGGGAUAUAUGACUCAACCACCAACAUCACUUCAAAACAGGGCUGAUCUUCGAUUUUUGCGUGUUUGAAGAUGUGCAGGUUUCUUGUGUACAAGGGCUCUGAGCCGAUCAUUCUUUCCAAGUUGAUCACCGAACCGUCACACAGCAUUCUCACACAAUCUUAUGACAGCCGCCUUCGCCUGGAUAGCCGCCGCCCCGUCAACGGGGAUGGUUUCGGAGUUGGCUGGUACACAGAGCCAGAACUAGGACCAGACCCAUGUAUCUUUACAUCAACUCUGCCGGCCUGGAACUGCGUUAACCUCGAACGUCUCGCACCCAAGACGGCCUCGAGGCUCAUCUUUGCUCAUGUCAGGGCCACUACCGAAGGGUCGUUGGCCGAGAACAAUUGCCACCCUUUCCAGCACAACACGUUGAUGUGGAUGCAUAACGGCAACAUUGGGGCAUGGAAGUAUGUGAAACGCCCACUCGCCGACAGUCUCUCGGACAAAUGGUUCCUCGGUGUGAAAGGCGGCACCGAUUCCGAAUGGGCGUUUGCAUUAUUUCUUGAUACAUUGGAGCAUGAAGGGGUGGAUCCCAGCUCCGAGCCCGACGGUGGUUUCGAUACCAAGACUCUGCGGCGGGCCAUGAAGAAGACCAUUGCCCAAAUCAAUGCCUUUGUAAAGGCCGUUCCUCCCGAAUACAAGGUCCCGGAUGUGGAGACCAGAAGCCUGCUCAAUUUUGCCGUGACAGACGGCCACUCCGUCAUCGUCACCCGAUAUGUCAGCAGCAAAACCGACGCAGCCGCCAGUUUGUACUACUCAUCUGGCACAGCGUGGGUCGAAGGAAAGAUGAAAGGGCAGUUCAAGAUGGAGAGGAGAGACAAAGCCUCCGACGUGGUCCUGGUCGCUAGCGAGCCGCUCACAUUCGAGCGGCACAACUGGCUAGCCGUACCAACGAAUACAAUCGUUACCAUCUGUAAGCAGACGGUGUACGUGCGGCCGAUCAAGGAUGAAUAUUAUGAUCCAGAUCCCUCGACGGAACGUUCGACAGGCUUUGCCAGGUCCAAAGGGCUAGUAUCAAAAGCUCCUGGUGGGGGGACUGCGACACCCACUCCGCUUGCUGGAACGCCAGUCCCACGCGCCGAAGUCGAAAAUACGACGGGGGAAUACAUUGUGAAAGAAGAUCUAGAUGCAUUCCGUGAAAAGAUGGCGAAAUUGCAGCUUCAGAAAUGCCGGGAGACCAACGGGGUAACAGAUCAGCUACUGGUUUCAGGAACCUAAUCUGCUACCUCGACCUCUUUGACCAGGACGUGUAUGAUCCGGAGAGAAGUGCCCUUUCCCAGCGCAGGAGUGUAUGAUUGAGUUGGAAAAUUUCGGGAGCUAUAGGUCAAAAUUGAUAUGAAGGCGCAGAACGACUAAGGUUGGAAAAGCGGAUGAAGCAAGGUGCUCGGGAGUUGAUACCAUCUCUAAAUUGUUCGAUCAAGGUGGCUCUGAUACUGAAUCUCAAAUACCCCCAUUCGUUCAAA